ACUCUCUUAUCUUAUUUAGUUGCUAAUUAAAAUUCGUAGAGUACGAGGAUAAUGAUGUCGUGUUGUUUCUGCAAACAAACGCAGCCCAUGGUGAGUUUCCCCAGCGGGCUGAAUAUUAGCAGCCGGUGGCGGAAGGACAAGGUGGUGUUCGUGAUGGGCGCCACCGGGACGGGGAAGUCCCGGCUAGCCAUCGACCUCGCCACCCGUUUCGUGGCGGAGGUGGUGAACUCCGACAAAAUGCAAGUAUACAAAGGCCUCGACAUAGUAACCAACAAGGUGAGGGAGGAGGAGUGCCAAGGCGUGCCGCACCACCUGCUCGGCGUGGUGGACCCGAAUGUGGACUUCACGGCGGCUGAUUUUUGCCGGCAGGCGCUGCAGGCGGUGGACGCCAUCACCCGAAAGGACCGCCUCCCGAUCAUCGCGGGCGGGUCUAAUUCUUACAUCAAGGCCCUGGUGAAAGACCACGCGGAGUUCCGGUCCAAGUACGAGUGCUGCUUCCUGUGGAUCGACGUGGAAAUGCCGGUCCUGUACGAGUUCGUGUCGGACCGGGUGGAGAAGAUGGUGGAGGAAGGGUUGAUAGAGGAAGCCCGGGAGUUCUUCGACCCGGCAGGGGACUAUACUCGUGGGAUCAAACGUGCAAUCGGGGUCCCAGAAAUGGACCAAUACUUCAGAAUCUUGGAGGCCAGCGAUGAGAGGAUGAGGCAAGAGGUCCUCCAAACGGGCAUUGACAACAUAAAAGCCAACACUUGCAAAUUGGCUAGUUGCCAGCUGCAAAAUAUUCUGAGACUCCAAUCCCAAUUGGAGGGCUGGAAUAUUGUUCACCGCCUUGACGCCACGGAGGCGUUCCAAAAACGUGGCGGUUCUGGGGCCGAAGCUUACGAGGCUUGGGAGAGAUUGGUGGCCGCCCCGAGCACUAUGAUCGUCCACGACUUCAUUUGCCAAGGGACCACCACCACUUUCCUGGCUCCUCCCACCUCUCCAAAUUCCGUCCUCACCGCCUCUUCCGUUCUCGGAACAGCCUCUGCCGCCACUGCCGUCGCCACAGCCACCCACUAAUAUAUAUAUAUAUAUAUAUGGUGAUGUUCUAAUGAGAAUCCUCUUUCUGUGAGAAUAUGCAAAACUUGUGUGCAUCUAUAUAUAUAGUGGUAUGGUGGGUCCAAUAAUUUUGGAUAGUAAUUAAGCUUGGGAGUAUACGUUUGGGGUUUUGAGAGACUUUGACCGUUUGGUCCUCCGGCCAGCGAAGGUGGGAGGGAAUUGAACUUUUUGGUGUGAUUUGGAUGCAUAAGAUUUAGCCACGUGUAAGAACGAAUAUAUGACUUUUUGUUUUUCGAUUUCUCGUGUAAUAAAAAACGGCGGCAGUACUUGCAGUCGGAGCCAUUUUCAAAAGUCCAUGCAUAAUGCAUUUCAUCUC